GACACUUCGUCCCUCGCUCCGCUCGUCCUUCAGCUGGCUGUCCUGUUAACGGGUGGACGUGUUCUUGUUGCCCGGCCCGGACUUCUCGAUUUAUCGGUAACGACCCAGGAAAUCGCACGAAGGACAACGACACAUUCCCGCCUACUGCAAUGGCAUACGGAGAACGUGAACGUUCCGACAGACGAGGAGGCGGUGGUGGCGGCGGCGGUGGUGCGCGCGGAGGUGGAGGCGGCCGAUUCGGCGGGCGCGACGGAGGCAGCGGAGGCGGCAGUAGGUUCAGCAGCAGCGGAAACCGAGACAGCUUCGGGAACAAUAACUUUAAGAAUCGACAACCUGGAGAGCGUUUACGUAAACCACGAUGGGACAUGAGCACUCUGCCGCAGUUCCGAAAAGACUUUUACCAGCCGCAUCCGAACGUGAUGGCGCGGAGUAUUCACGUUGUGGAGGCAUAUCGUUCCGAUAAAGAGAUCACUGUGAAGGGGGCUAACGUUCCGGGUCCCAAUAUUUAUUUCGAAGAGGGUGGUUUUCCAGACUACGUUCUCAAUGAGAUACGUAGACAAGGAUUUGGCGAGCCCACCGCGAUUCAGGCACAAGGCUGGCCUAUCGCCCUAUCCGGCCGAGAUAUGGUCGGUAUAGCGCAAACGGGUUCAGGAAAGACACUGGCAUACAUAUUACCAGCAAUCGUGCACAUAAAUCAUCAGCCCAGACUAAGUAGAAAUGACGGACCUAUCGCGCUGAUUCUGGCGCCGACUCGGGAAUUAGCGCAGCAAAUACAGCAGGUCGCGUCGGAUUUCGGUAUGUCUUCACAGGUGCGAAACACGUGCAUCUUCGGUGGGGCCCCGAAAGGACCACAGGCACGCGACCUUGAGCGUGGGGUAGAGAUCUGCAUCGCGACGCCGGGUCGUCUUAUAGACUUUUUGGAGCGUGGCACCACGAAUCUACGUAGAUGUACAUAUUUAGUGCUCGACGAGGCAGAUAGGAUGCUCGACAUGGGUUUUGAGCCACAAAUUAGGAAAAUUGUAGAACAAAUUCGCCCGGAUCGCCAGACUCUCAUGUGGUCGGCGACGUGGCCAAAGGAAGUGCGCAAUCUCGCGGAAGAGUUUCUAACGGACUACAUACAAAUUAACAUUGGCUCCCUGCAAUUGGCCGCUAAUCACAAUAUUCUGCAAAUCGUGGAUGUAUGCGAAGAAUACGAGAAGGAGAAUAAACUCAUGAAACUGCUGGAAGAGAUCUCGAACGAGCCGGAAAAUAAAACUAUAAUAUUUGUGGAAACUAAGAGGAAAGUCGAUGAUAUAACAAGAUCUAUUAAUAGAUACGGAUGGCAAGCAAUUGGUAUUCAUGGAGACAAAAGCCAGCAAGAAAGAGAUUAUGUAUUAAACCAGUUCCGGAAUAGCAGGUCUGCCAUCCUUGUGGCUACCGAUGUGGCGGCGAGAGGUUUAGAUGUCGAGGAUGUCAAAUUUGUGAUAAACUUGGACUAUCCGUCCAACUCUGAGGACUAUGUGCAUCGUAUUGGACGUACGGGUCGCUCGCAACGUACAGGAACUGCGUACGCCUUUUUUACGCCCGGAAAUGCUCAUAAGGCUAAUGACUUAAUCCAGGUUCUAGAAGAGGCCAAACAAGUUGUCAAUCCGAAACUAUACGAUUUAUCCCGGAAUCCUGGCGUUUAUAAACGAGGACGAUAUGGUGGACGUAGCGGUGGUGGAGGCGGCGGACGAGGAUCCGGAGGCCGCGGAGGCGGUUCACGAGGUACCCGUGGAGGACGCGACACGGGAGAUAGAGGUGGAAGAUUCGACCGCUCUUCCGGUGCUAACGCGAAUGAUCGCGGCAACAAAUGGUCCGGAAGCAGUAGCGGUGGCAUGGGCGGAGCUAGCUAUGGGAGCAGUAAAUCGUUCCCCCAAAACAGCUUCGGGAGUGGAACUUCCGGCGGUGGCUCCAAUAGCUACAGCCAGAACAGUAGCGGAUACGGUGGAAGCAGCUACAGACAACAAAACGGCUAUUGAUUUUGAACGGUCAAAUAAUACUCCCAUCUGCGUUCCAGAGGGAAUAAUAGCGAUCAACGAUUGAGCCGAUGAGCCCAGAGUUGCAGAGAAUCGUUCCAAAAAAAAAUUUACACUCACAUUCUCACGAGCAUUCGUCUCCCUUUUUUCUUUUCUAGAACACGUCAAUUCUUCAUUAGUUUUAAGUAACAAUAAUAUUAUCAAAUAUACAAGUCACACAUGUGUUACAUUUAGAAUAGCUUCUUAAUAUAUUUAGGCAGUUAAUUGUUUCGCGCGAUAGUCGCCGAAUGAUAUAGUAUUACAAUUCAAUUGACUUGCCGUUGUACAUUUAAUAAAAUAAUACAAAAAUGACACUAUAAAAAGCUAAAACAUGGCGUUGCUCUUUGCUGAGUGAUUUUUUCCGACAUCUUUGACACACUGAGCAUAUUUAUUUCUUUUACAUGCGUAUUUAUUUCUAUGUUAUUGAUAUCGUAUUAUAUCGCAGUAUAAAUUUAUUUAUAUUUGUAAUGCAACUUAUUUUGAUUAUAAACACAUUUACAGAUUUCUCCAA